AUGAUCGUGGACAACCAAAUGUGCGUUGAAGUUCAAGGAAAGGAGAUAUCACCAGAGGAAAACCGCAAUGACGUCGGAUAUAGACGCUCGCGGGGGAACGCAUGUCGAGGCUGCGCCAGCGGACCGCCUGCUAGCGGCAAGCCCGACGGGCCCGGCGGGAGUCAAGUAAGCCCGAAAUCGAAAUUCAACAAGAACGUCACAGCCUCGGUCAUCAAGGCAGCACGCAUGCCAGCCAUGCCGCUGGAAGAGAGCAAGAUAGUCAUCAGACCCAGAGGGGGACUGGACAUCGUCAAGACCGGCACCACCACCGUCGCCGCGGCUAUACUUGCCGCGGCCAAAAUUACGAGAGAGGAAAGCGCCGCGGACACCAUCUGCCCCAACACGCAACAGAAUAUCAUGGUCGUUAGUACACCGAACGAAGACAACGAGACAAGGUCCGCUAAAAUCCAGAAAAUCUCUAUUCAAGGCAAACCCUACGAGGUCAGCGCAUAUCGCACGGCACCUCACGACACCGUAAAGGGCGUCAUCAGAGGCAUCCCCAUAAACGUGCGCGCCGACGAGCUAGAUAGGAACAUCGUCGACGAGAGGAACCCGCUAGCAGUGGGCGCAAAGAGGAUCGGCAGCACGACCACCACAAUCGUCCUGUUCCAGGGACCCAAGGUAACUUCGUCCGAUGUGGUCUUCUACGCACUCUUAUUUGGCAAUGCAAGUAUGACAGCAAAUAUAUAA